AUGUCUCUGAAACAGGAAAUCGAGACUUGGGUGAAGGCGCUCGCUUUUUAUGAUGAAAAUCAAUUCGACGAGGCGCUGAAGGAGUUCGAUGUCAUCUCGGACACCUCCAAAAUUCUCUUCAAUUGCGGUGUGAUCCAUGCGACGCUUGGCGAGCAUGAGAAGGCGGUCGAGUGCUAUCAGCGGGCCGUACGGCUGGACCAAUACUUAGCCGUUGCGUACUUCCAGCAAGGAGUGUCAAAUUUCUUGGUCGGCGACUUUGAGGAGGCCUUGGCAAAUUUUAACGAUACACUGUUGUAUCUUAGGGGAAAUAACAUGAUCGACUAUGCUCAGCUUGGUCUUAUUUUCAAGCUCUAUUCUUGCGAGGUGCUUUUCAACCGUGGAUUAUGCUAUAUAUACCUCCAGCAGAAGGAGGCGGGGAUGCAGGAUUUUGCUUUUGCUGUCAAGGAGAAGGUGGUCGAAGAUCAUAAUGUCAUUGAUGACGCUAUCCGGGAGGAGGCAGAGGGCUACACUGUUUUUUCGAUCCCCGUUGGCGUUGUUUACCGGCCGAAUCAGGCAAAAGUAAAGAACUUGAAGACGAAGGAUUACCUAGGUAAAGCGCGUGUGGUCGCUGCUUCGGACCGAGCGAAUGCCUUCACGGGCUUCGCCGGGGCUGAAAUGAAAAGGGCGCUACAAGUUGAAGUUAAGGACGACCGACCUGCUGAAACCAUAUCUUACGCCGCCUCGAAUCUUGUAAAGCCUGGGCUUCAGAGUAAAAGGCAACAGUCGGAACCCCCCCUCAACCGUAACGUCUUUCCACCAACCCCACCACCCGAGUCCGAGAAGUCCAGCACUUCGAGCUCUAGUCAGAUGAGCCGCGGAGCUUCCGUCCGAAAUGGCCCUAAGCCAAUGCCCGCGAAGCUUGACAUGGACAAGGCCCGGCCCCGCGAACGAUACGAGGUUCGUGAUGAUGGUAGAUCACCUCCCGGCCCCCAGCAAAGAAUCGGAACUUCGCGAACAGCUUCCGAACCAAGAGGACCACCAGCAAGACAGUAUUCAUCAAGAGAGAGCCAAUCAUCCCGCCCACAGCAACAACAACAACGGAGGAGACGAGACGAGGAGGAGGAUGACGAAUACCCUGGCGAACUUUACGACAUGUACUCUAGCGCUCGCAGCAGCCGAGGGCCCGGAAGGUCAAGGCAACAACCCAAAUACAUUGAGGAAGAGGAUGAAUAUGCAAGCGAUUAUGAUGACGGAUCUUUUGACGAAGGUGAAUUUGAGAUGGUUUCUGCUCGGCCUCCUCCCUCACGAACACGUGCUCCCUCGAGCACGGGCCGUGGUCAGUCUAGACGGCCCGAACUUCGCAAGAUUCGGGUGAAGGUUCACGCUGAUGAUGUGCGAUAUGUCAUGAUUGGAGCCGCCAUAGAAUUCCCGGACCUAGUAGACAAGAUAAGGGAGAAAUUCGGCAUUCGCAAGCGUUUCAAGAUCAAGGUCCGGGAUGAAGAUGUUCCCAACGGAGACAUGAUUACCUUGGGAGAUCAGGAUGAUUUGGACAUGGUCAUUAUGGGUGUCAAAUCGGAAGCAAAGAAGGAGCGGUUAGAGAUGGGGAAGAUGGAACUUUGGGUACAAGAGCUUUGA